AAUAUUUCCGAUUAGUUUCCGUUGGGAAGCGCUCGCGGUAACAUCUCUCGCGUGUUCGGUCUCGGUGUGGCUCAGUCAAAAAGGGGUUUGAUAGGCGCUCGUCACCGACUAUUUUCAGGUGGUUAAUCAUCAUUCCUUGCGCUUGGUCGGCGAACAUGUGCCUAAUCAAGAGUGCAAGUGUCGCACUUAUCACGUUGAUCUUCCCGUGAGUGCGUUCUCCAGAGCGAUUAGAGUGGAUGACAAACGGGCCGUUGCAAAGUGGGGACGCAGAAGUGCAAGUGCGAGUGCUCAAGAGUGUGGGAUGUGCUUCUCUAAUCAGUGAAGUCUUUUGUAUGCUGAUCUCCGCGCGGAGCUCCUUUUGUGAUCUUUAUCGUUCGCUUUUGUGAUUACCCAGCGACUGUCGGUCGGUUGGCUGUCGUCAUCGUUUAAGCAGAUUCUGAAAGACCAAUUCUCGGAUGAUCACCGUUGGAUUUGCUAUAUGACGAAGAAAAUACAUCUCAAUUAGACGGAAGCUGACUGGUGCCGGAAUUGAAGAAUAACAAUGUCUUCGACUUCAUAAAUCGUCCGGCUAGAAGCGGUUCAUCGAUCUGCGUAGUUUGACCAGUUUUCGAAUUCUCACAGCGACGGCGGAGGCCUGACCGAAGCGAUACUACUAUUAUUAUUCAAAACAGUGCACAAAAUCUAUAUGGAACUGUGAGGUGUUUUCGUUGUAUCUCGAUUAUGAAGGACUUUGCAUAAUUUUACGUAAACUUUACAACCGCAGUGAGCCACUGACGUCAAAUCGAUUGACAGAUUUCUAAUAUGCCAUGCUUACCAAUGAAGAUGCUUUGCGAAAAUUGAUAAUUUAAAUGAGACACACCAUCGACAGUGAUUUAUAAGCUGAACAGUGCAUACAAACUGGUCGGUCGCUUCUGCUUGCCCAUUUAUCGCAGGAUUAACGAACAACUUCAACAGUUUGCAACAGGAUUUACCUUCCCUGGGCAGCAAGUCGAGUCGAAAACUUUGAAUGUGGAGUUCGGUCCGAGUGCAAAAUUAUGAAGUCUUGCAUGCAGUGCAGUGUUAACGUGUGGUGAUGGCCGUCGGGCUGAAUCACUAAACAAAAAUAGUCUGAAGACGCUCCAAAAUUUGGCUCGUGCGGACGGCUGGCUGGCUGGCAUACUAAUUAUCCGCGCGACGCAAUUGUGCGUAAUCGCACGUAAACAAUCGGAACCACUACUGCAGCAUAAUGUCGUCGACCAGCUUGUGCGGAAUCAUUGGGGGAAACCAUGAACGGGAUGGUUCCUCACUGGAAACGACACCGACCACUACCACGGUGGCCUUGACGGAGUCCACGUCCAAGACCGGUAGCAACGGCAUGGAUGGCGUCUGCGGUUUGAUGACGAAUAAUUUGGACUUCAGUGUUGAGGAUGGUGUGGCAAAUGGGAGAAGUGCGGGUGAAGUCGUCCAGCAAGCAGAAAGUCACCACUGCGGGUGGUUCGGAAUUCGGCCUCGAUGGAUUCAGCGGUUCAUGACACCGAAAUGGGCACUGUUUUGGCUGUGCUGGGCAGGAGCGGUGCAAGGCCUGGUGGUGAACGGUUUCAUCAACGUGGUCAUCACAACGAUCGAGCGACGAUUCGGACUAAGAUCAACGCAGACCGGCCUAGUGGCCAGUGGGUACGACAUCGCCUCAUUUUUGUGCCUGGUACCGGUGUCGUACUUCGGCGGACGGCUCGGUGCCUCUAAACCACGCUGGAUCGGAUGGGGCGUUGUGGUGAUGGGUCUCGGUGCGCUUGUGUUUGCGCUGCCACACUUUCUGGUCGGACAAUACCGGGCAACCAACUCCGAGCAGAAUGUUUGCCUCGUCGGGGGAGAUUCUUUGGUCAACGAUAGCAGUGCCGCCGCCGCCGCUUCUCGUUUGGUAGGGGAGAGCUGCAUGCUGUCCAACGGCUCCUUGGCACCGGACGGCACGGAAAAUCUCUCCUGGAAUGUUUGGUUUUUCUUCACCGCCCAGCUACUGUUGGGUGCCGGCGCAUCGCCUCUGUACACCCUCGGAGUCACCUUCAUCGACGAGAACGUCUCCAAGAAGAUGUCAUCUGUUUAUUUAGGCAUCUACUACACGAUGGCUGUCGUUGGUCCAGCUGCCGGAUACGUUAUUGGCGGCCAGCUACUCCUCUUCUACACCGACAUGUUCGUAGUGGAUUCCUCAACGCUGGGACUGACGCCGCACAGCAAGGUAUGGGUCGGUGCCUGGUGGAUAGGAUUCGUUUUUAUGGCUGCCUUCUGUUUGCUGCUAGCGAUACCGAUACUGGCCUACCCCCGCGCCCUGCCCGGCUCGGAAAAGUUGGAAAAAGUUUCCGAAGCGCACCGGGGUGACACCGACAAGCAGAAGCAGCCAUUUACCAAAAUCAAGGAAAUCCCCAAAGCGCUGGCGGCGCUACUCAAGAAUCCAACGUUCUUCUUCCUGAACCUGGCCGGCGCUUCGGAGGGGCUGGUCAUAUCGGGCUUUGCGGUGUUUCUGCCGAAGCUAAUCGAGAACCAAUUUAGUGUGACCGCUGUGUGGUCGGCGUUGCUGAUGGGUAUCAUAACGGUCCCCGCCGGUGGGGGAGGAACCUUUCUUGGCGGAUACCUCGUCAAAAAAUUGAAUCUGUCCUGCUCGGGGAUCAUUCGGUUUUGCCUGUUUGCCACCGUGCUUGCUGCCCUCUUUACCGUCUGCUUCUUCCUUUCUUGCCCGAAUCUCACCUUUGCCGGUGUGACCGCUUCGUAUUUUCCGCGGGACAAUCUUCUCACACCGAAUGCCCGUUCAACGGAAUUGGUCUCCUUACCAAGAACACUCGUCAAUGCAUGCAACAGCAAGUGCACCUGUAGCAAAAUGAACUACGAACCCAUAUGCGGUGCCGACGGAGUCAUGUACUAUUCCCCUUGCUAUGCGGGAUGUUCCGAAGAGACGAACCUGGAGAACGCCAAAGUGUAUAAAGAUUGUACAUGUAUCAACGCCACAUUCGGCUCCAACGAACCGUACCGAAAUCACGAAGCGGUGAACACCAUGUGCGAAUCGGAAUGCAACCACCUGUGGAUAUUCGUGGUGUUGUGCUUCCUGGUGAUGUUCUUCACUUUCCUGGCAACGAUGCCGGCCCUCUCCGCCACGCUGCGCUGCGUUCACGAUGACCAACGUUCUUUUGCAUUGGGAAUUCAAUGGAUAAAAGUGCGGAUAUUGGGUACCAUUCCAGCGCCGAUGAUAUUCGGGCGACUAAUUGACGAAACAUGCAUCUUGUGGCAGGAAUCGUGCGAUGACCAUGGGGCUUGCCUGGUGUACGAUAAUGCUUUCAUGAGCAAGUACAUGUUACUACUUGCACUGAUAGGAAAGGCUUGUUCUAUCCUGUUCUUCUUUGGUGCUUGGUUCUACUAUAUCCCACCGAAGGCGAUGGCGAACGGUGAAGAGGACUUCAGCAGUGACAAGAAGCAACAGGUUAACGGAGAUGCUGCGCACCACGUGGAAAAAUACUGAACGACAGAAAUGAACCGACGUUAUUUGCUCUUGCCUCCCCUCAUGACCAACAGGGGAGGUAAUAAUGAAGACUAUUAGCCAAAAAGAUGAAAAGAGGAAAACCCAGCUCAGAUACCAAUCAUUCCAAACAUUCACUAGCCAUUGUAGGGAAACAACGAUUUCUUGAAAGCAUUUUACAAUUUUAUACCGAACAAACGCCAAACUAUAACGAACAAGUCAUUUUAGAAUGUGUAAGGCAUGUUAGAGCGAACAGUAAGUAUUACAACAGCUAGAUUUUAGGUGAGCUUUAUGGAAUUUUUGUUGACAUUAUUGUUUUUUGCUUGUAAAUUUCUGCCGUGUUAUUUAACAUAGACUGAGAGCUCUAAUUAGUUUAUAAUGCGUUACUCAAAAAACUUAAGACUCAAUUUAGUGUGGUAAUAAAUGUGUUGUGAACUGUAGAAGGUUUUUCUUUUAUUUAAGUUUAAUUGGUCAUAAACACAUUCUGGUUUAAACAGGUAUUACUAAACUAUGAAUCUUCAUUAAAUAUACUAUGUAUGUGUACUCAUGAUAAUAAAAUUGGAACAAUAAAUUCGAUGUCAGUAGAGUUACCAGUGAUUGUA